AUGACCAGAUUCCGAUCGACAGCAUAUUGCAAUGGACACAUCGAUAUCGACAAAGAAUUGUUUCUUUGGUCGGUAAUUGAAGGUCGACGAGAUUUUGCUUUGCUAUUUUGGUCUCGUGGCAAAAAUAAGAUUUGCGCAGCAUUGAUUGCUGCAUUGAUCUAUCGAAAACGUGCACGUCGAGAUAACGAUGCGAGUUACAAUGAAUCAGCUGAUGAAUUCGAAAACUUAGCUGUACAAAUUUUGGAUAAAUUCUAUCAAUCAAGUGAGCAUGCAUGUACACAAGCAAUCAUACGAGAAAUCCCAGCGUUUGGCAAUGUGACAUGGUUGCAAGUAGCCGUUGCUGCCGAAGCGAAACAGUUUAUCGCACAACGAGCGGUUCAAGAUGUCCUCAAUAACAUUUGGUAUGGCUGUAUUGAUCAUCAUCGUGUUUUGAAUUUCACCAUCGUCUUCUCAACAAUCAAUCUGUGGUAUAGCGGAUUUCUUCCGUAUGAAAAGGAACUAGUGGCGACCAAUGAUGACAUUUCAUUCGUCGAAAAUCGAACGAGUAGCAAACAGAAAUUAUCAAAAGAAUCGCACGAGAAAAGAAGAUUAUUGAACAGGAAAAAAGACAUAGUUUCUAUGCAAUUAUUACAAGUUUCAACGGACGGAAGUAAUUCUCCCGUCGACUUCGUCGAUGUUGGUUGUUGGGAAAAUACCAGAACGAAAGUUUCGGACUAUUUUGUCAACAUCAAAACGUUCUUGUCCGCUCCAUACGUUAAAUAUCUUUAUAAUUUAUACUUCCAUGUCUUAUUUUUACUACUUUUCUCGUACGUAAUAUUAUGCGAUUUCUUUCCACUUUACAAUUUUCCAAUGGAUAAAUGUGGAGUGUUCACUGUACCAGCUAAUCGAAAUAUUAGUGUUACGGAUAAUGACAGUGAUCAAAUGGCAGGUAGUCGUAACAAUAGUUCAAGAAAAUCCAUUCCGUAUGGUUUCCAACAACGUUCGCGGCCCGCUGAUUCAGAAAUUUUACUUGCUAUUUGGGUUAUGACGUUACUUUUCGAGGAAAUUCGUCAACUUUUCUCAACGGAAGCACAGUCGAAACGAAAUGCUAUCACAGCUUAUUUCAAAAUCUUCUGGAAUAAACUAGAUGUUUUAGCCAUUGUGUUAUUUUUCAUUGGCUUUACUCUUCGAUUUGUGCCGAUAUCCGAAUGUUUCUGUGCUGCACGAAUUGUCCUUUCCGUGGAUUUGACAAUCUGGUUCAUGCGUUCAUUGGAUAUCUUUGCUGCUGUUAAACGUCUUGGUCCCAAACUUGUGAUGAUCGGAGAGAUGGUACAUGAUCUGAAGUUUUUUAUGCUAAUGUUAAUUGUGUUUAUUUUGGCAUUUGGUGUAUCAUCUUACAGUCUUAUUUAUGGCGUACAAAAAUUCUCAUGGCAUUUACCACGUGAAAUUGUUAAUCUUGCAUAUUGGCAAAUCUUCGGUGAACUCAAUGCUUUGGAAACAUUCGAGCAUAAUUACAAAGCCAAUGGUUACGCUGCAUUUAUAUUACUCGUGGCCUACAUGGCAGUUGUCAGUAUUCUUUUGGUCAAUCUACUCAUUGCCAUGUUCAGUAAUACGUUUGAUCGUCUUCAAACAGAUACUGAUCGUAUCUGGAAAUUUCAACGGUAUUCCUUAGUAUGCGAAUAUUUAUCUCGACCAUCAUUGCCACCACCACUCAUUCUUGUCUCGCAUUUCUGGCGAUUUAUAUUAUACACAUCGGCUCGGUGUAUUCGUUCACAAUGUAUACAGAACAAAUAUCGAGAACAUUCAAGUCGAACAAAAUAUAAAAAGCGUCUGAAUGAAAAGCUUACAUCAAUCAUCGAAAUUGCCGAAGAUGCACUUGGCGAUGAAGUCUUUUACAAUCAUCUGAAAGAAGGUCGAAAAUUAGUGGACGAAGUUGAUUUAGACGAAGAACGAGUAAAUUCUCCACAUGACACGAUGUUUGCCAAAAUUCGCACAUUAGAAAAUCGAAUCCAAACAAUGAACAAUCAACAAGCACAUAUGUUUGAAUAUCUCGAAUGUUUAAUGGAUGGUCUGAAAAGCAUAGGCGGUGAUCGUAUUCGAACACCUGAAGGACGUCGUUUCGAUCCUGAUGAAGCAUGUACGUAUAUUUGUAUGAGAACUCUCAUUAUUUCUAUAUCUUUCAUCACCGAGAAAAAAGAAACGAAUAUUUUACUGGAAGCUAAGAAAUGUUUUGUAUAUAUUCAAAUAGUUGAUGAUUCGAGUACUGGAAAUCAACCGAAACAAGCUUACCGGCGAGAAUCAAAUUUUGCCGAAUACCGCUCGCGUUCGAGUUCUUUGUUUGAUGAUCAACAAACUCAAAUGCUGAACUUUUUUCCUCCGCGUAAAAACUAA